AUGCAGAUCUAUUUCACUAAAAAAAUCUUGAUGAUUGCAAAUCUUCCUUCUAAGCAUAAGGCAAUUUCACAUCACUUAUCUGCAUCACAGAUCGUAGAAGCAACAACGUCUAAUCCAUAUGAUUCAAUAUUAAAAUUUUUAAAUUCUUCAAACUUUCCAAGUCGUGCAUCAUUUCCACAAGGCUUUUUGUUUGGUAGCGGGUCUUCUGCCCUACAGAUUGAAGGAGGAUGUAAUGAAGGAGGAAGAGGACUUGGUAUAUGGGAUGAUAUAUUGUUAAUUCAAAAAAGAAUUCUAUCUAUUUUGGAAGAUAACCUCCAAACUUUAGUGCUUCAUUCUAAUCAUUUUUCUUCUUCUUUACAAGCAGAUGUAUAUUUAGAUGUUGAUAAAUUUCCAUUAAAAAUUGAUCAUUACAACCGAUAUAAGAUAGUUAAUAUUUUAAUGAGAAUGAAGGAGGAUGUGCAACAUUUGAAAAAACUUGGAAUAAAUUCUUAUAGAAUGUCAAUUUCUUGGAGUAGAAUAAUGCCGGAUAUUGAACCUUUCGUGGGUAUCAUACACUUCGAUUAUCCAUUAGCUCUUAAGCAAAAGUUUGGAGGCUUCUUAAAUCGCUCAAUUGUAAAAUAUUAUAAGGAUUAUAGUGAACUCUUAUUCAAAACAUAUGGAGAUCGAGUGAAACAUUGGACUACAAUCAAUGAGGCAGAAGUCACAGCUAUAUUUCAUUUCAUGUUCAACCUUGAUAAAGAAAUACAAAGGGGAGAAAUUGGACUUGCUCUUUCAUCAGGAAGAUAUGCUCCCUACAGUUCUAAACUAGAAGAUGUGGUUGCUGCACAAAGACUAAUGGAUUUCUAUUGGGGAUGGAUUUUAGAUCCAGUCUUCCAUGGAGAUUAUCCACAAAUAAUGAAAAAGCUAGUGGGGAAUAGGUUGCCUAAAUUCACUAAAAAGGAAAAACACUUGUUAAAAGGAAGCACAAAUUUUAUUGGAAUCAAUUAUUAUACUUCUCAUUUUGCUAGACAUGAACCAAAUAGAACCAAGAUUAUGUUUGACAAUUAUGAUGCUUUAGCUGUUUCAGAAGUUUUUAAUGCAGAAGGAAAAACUCUUGGUUAUAAGGAUCAAUAUAGUGGGAGCAAUGUUUAUCCCGAAGGAUUAUAUAAUAUGUUAGUCUAUAUUAAGAAAAAGUAUAAAAAUCCCAAAAUCUACGUCACUGAAAAUGGUAUUUCUUCUUCAAAAAUUCCAAAUCCUUUGAAGGAUGAACACCGAAUUGCUUAUAUUGCUGCACAUAUAAACGCUACUAAAGCGGCAAUUGAUGAUGGCGUAAAUGUCCAAGGUUAUUUUUUGUGGGCAGCAUUUGAUACAUAUGAAUUUCAAGCAGGCUAUUCUGGAAAUUGGGGUCUUUAUCAUAUUGAUUUUAAUGAUAAUCUCAAACGCCUACCAACGGACACAGCUAAUUGGUACAAGAAAUAUCUCACACAUAAUUUUAGAAAACUAAAUUAUCUUAUUGAUUGA